AUGAUACAUGAAAUAAUCUUAAGUUUGAUAGGACAAACAGGAGAUAUAAUUAUUUUAGUAGAAAAAAAAAAAAGAACAUUAAGUGAAAAUAAUGUAAAUAUAGAUGAAUAUGGAUUCGAAGUAAAUAAUAAUAUUCACAUAUUUUUGAAUUCAGAAAUAAAAAUAAUUAAUGAAAUAGUAGAACUAGGUUAUUAUUUUUAUAUAAUAAAUUUAUUUUGCUUAUUAGUCAAAAAAAAUACCAUUUAUAAAAAUUUAACUCAUAUACACAAAUUUAAUAAAUUAAAUGAAGAAAAAAAAAAAAUUAAUAUUUCGAAUGAAAAUUCAGAGAGAGAUAACAAUACGUCAACUACGGUAAGUUCAACUUCAUUUAGUUCAUCUUCAUAUGAAUCAUCUACCAAUGAAAAAAGAGAAGGCAAGUAUAACUUGAAUACAUCUAACAAAAAAAGUAAUGUUAAAGAUAGAAAUGAAGUAGAUAAUUACUUUGGUGUUAUUUUAAAAAAUAUAAAAAGUUUGAAUAAUGUAAAUCCAUAUGGAUAUUAUGCAAAUGGUUUAUGCAAUGAAAUAAAUAAGUUUAUAAAUAAAUAUUUAAAAAAAAUUAGUGAAAUUGAAGAGUAUAUAAAUAAUAAUAAUAAUACUCCAUUAACGCAAAUAUUAACAAUGUUAGAAAAAAAAAGAGAAGAAAUAAUUAUAAUAAUAAAUAUCAUAAAGAAUUAUUUAGAAUUUCAGAAAAGAGAAGAACGAAACGUAUUGGAAGGGGAAAGUAGAAAUAAAACAAAAGAAAUUAUAGAUUAUUUGUAUGAAAAUUGUUUAAGUGGGAAUUCAAGAAUCAAAAGUAUUUAUUAUAAGUAUUUAAAAAAUUUAGGAAAAAUAUUGUUACAGCAAAUUUUUUCAUGGAUACUUUAUGGCCAAUUAAUAGAUCCAUAUUAUGAAUUUUUUAUUCAAAAAAGGCAAUUUAUUUAUUCAGAUGAUAAAAAAAUAUUUUUAUCACCGGAAGAAUUAUAUGAAAAUUUAACUUUGACAAAUGUACAAAGUUUAAAUUUUGAAUGGAACUAUUUAUUUUUUCAAUCAAUCUCUAAUCUUCCUGAAUGUUGUAUAGAUAAAAUUGUAGGAAGAAAAAUUCUCUUUAUAGGUAAAUCAGUACGUAUAUUAAUUAGGAGCAAUAAAUGGAAUACUAAUGAUAUAAUCAAAUUGUUUUCAAUAACAAAAAUAUUGUCAAAAGCUUUUAAUGAAAAACCUAAUAGAUCUUAUAAAAAGAAUAUUGCUAAUGAAAAUUAUAACAUGCAUCUUGAAAAUCAUACAAAUGAUAAAAGUGACUAUACAAGUGUCAUAUCAGAUUCAAGUAGAAGUUCUUCUAAUACUUCUUAUGAAAAAUCUUCUGAAUCAGAUAAGGGUUCAUUAAAUUUAUACUGCAAAGAAAUAUUUGAUAUUACUAUUGAAAAAAUUAGAAGCAUAAUAGCUUAUAAAUUAUGGAAAUAUAUAGUUAAGGAUAUAAAUUUAAUUAAAAUAUUUGACUUAUUUAAAGAUAUAUAUUUAUUAAAUAAUGGAGAUUUUUAUGAUUAUUUUUUAGAAAAAUCUUGGUCAUUAAUGCAUACCCCUCCAAACUCUAAAAAUGAAAUUCUUUUAAAAAUUUUAGCAUGGAAAAAUUCUUCCAUAUUAGUAGAAAAUUAUUGCAAAACUAAAUAUGAAAACAAAAAAGAUAAAUUAAAAUUAGAUAAUUAUGAAAAUACUCUUUUUGCAGAAUAUAGUAAUAAUGAAAAUGAAUCUAAUUUUUUUACUAGUGCAAAUACAUAUAUGUUUGAUACAGGUAAUGCUGAAAAUAUCAUUUCUAAAUAUUUUUAUCCGAGAAUAUCCCAUAAGAAAUUUUCUUAUGAUUCUUUUGAAAAAGAAAAAUAUGAUAAUUUAAUAUUAGGUGGUAUGAGUUAUAUUUAUGAUAAGAAAAUUGUUUUAAAUGAUUUUUUUAAAGGAAUACAAACUCUGUCUAAAAAAAAGUAUUAUGAUUAUGAUAAUAUUUUUAGUGUAUGUAUUAACAACUACAGACAACAAAUAUUAAGAGGAUUUAAACAUGGAUUUGAUUUUUCUGUUAAUUUUAAUAAUUUUUUUGAUAAUAAAUCAAUUUACACAGAAAAAAAAGAAACCGAUACAAAUAAAAAUAGUAUAAAUAAUAACACGAAUAAUUUAUUAAUGGAAAAUGAUUUCCUUGUGGGGUCAUGUUUUGCUUUGGUUAUUCAUUCUGUAAAGAAUCCAUUACUGUAUAAAACAGAUUUAUUAGAUAGCUCUUUAGGAUAUUGGGGAUCUUUGGGUGAUUGUUUAUCUGUUGAAAUAAAAGUAAAAUUUUAUGAAAAAAAAGAUGAAAAAAAAAAUUUAAAGGAAAAUAAGAUAAAUAGUAAUAAUGAAUACUCAAAUAAUUUAAAUGAAGUAAUUUUAGGAGACGUAGAAGUGGAAGUAUCUCUAUAUAUAGGAGGAAAAGGAAUUUCUUCAUUUGUUCAUAACAAUAACAGCUACUCUGUUGAUUACACAAAGGAAUCCAUUUUAAAUAAUAAAUUGUUAGAAGGUAGCAUAAACAAAGAAAAGAAAAAAAGAUACGACGAUAUAGAAAAUGAAGAAAAUUAUUUAAAAAAAAAUAAAAAUAAUAUAGAUGAAACAAAUGAAGAUGACAUGUUAAAUGAAUAUAUGUAUCAUGAUAAUAAGAAACAAACAAAACUUCCUGUAUUAAAAAUUCAGAGUAAUAAACAAACUUUUUCUGAUAUUAACAAAAAUACUUUAACUAAAUUCCGUGUGAGAAUAAACUGCUUAAAGCAUUCAUUUAGUGUAUAUAUUCAAAAACUAGAUGAAUAUAAUAUAAACUUCAUUAAUCAGAAAAAUAAGAUAAAACCUAUUAUACACAUUAGAGCUUUAGAUAUGACACAAGCCUUUACCUUAGAUAUUGGUAAUGCAUAUAUAGGAUUUUAUACAUGUCCAAUAUUAUUUAAACAUAAGUUACUAAAAAAAAAGAGUAAGUUAAAUGAAUGGUUUAAAAAUUUUUAUGCAGAAACAUUAAAUGUUGAAUCUACUGUUUACAAAAAGAAUUUUUUUAAUAUAGAAAAUGAAGAAAAUAAAGAAAUAAUACAAAAAGAAAUUAAUAAUAUAAAUAAAAUUAUCUUGUAUAAUAACAAUGCCAAUGAACUAGAUAAAAUAAAUUAUAAAAAAAAAAAAAAAAAACAUAAAUCAAAAAAAUUGUUAUUUAGCUCGUAUGACUGUUCAGUUGAAAUAUAUAAAUGGUUUCAUCAAUCCUAUAAAUCUCCUAUAGAAAUUCCUGAAAUUGAUAUAGAUAAUGAAACAUUAAUAUUUUAUGAUAAGCAAAUAGAUAAAAAUAUAAAAAUUCAUAGUGGUUUGAAUUUAUGGAAUAAUAUUGAAAUAUAUUUUAAACUAACGUGGCCAAUAGCUUUAAUUAUCAAUACUAAUACUAUAUAUACAUAUAAUUCUAUAUUUCAAUUUUUGUUUCUUUUAGGUAGAAUUUAUUAUAACUUAAAAAUUUUGUGUUAUCACAAUAGGCAUUUAUAUAAAUAUUUAAAUUAUAAAAGAGGAACCUUAUUAUUUUCUUAUUUAUUUUCUAUUAGAUAUAAAAUGCAAUUCUUCUUUUUUCAUUUAAUUAAAUAUUUACAAGAAGAUAUUAUUAAUUAUGAAUAUAAACUAAUGACUACACAAAUUCAUAAAUCCAAAGAUUUUGAAUAUACAAAAUCUAUUCAUGAUUUAUAUAUUUCUCAAAUAGCAACAAAAUGUUUUUUACGUGUUCAAAAUAUAACUACUCCGUUAAUUGAGCUAAUUGAUAUAACUUUUAAAUUUUGUUAUUUUUUUCAAUGCUUAAUUGAAAACGAGUUAUUUACAGAUAUUUUAAAUUAUGAUAUGAUUAAUGAAAAAGAAGAAAAUAAAAGUUUAGAAGAAACUGAUAAUAAAAAUAACGAAAACUAUGAUGAUAAAAAUGAAGAUUUAAAUCAGGUUAUUGAAAAAUUAUUACAAUAUAAUGACACUUUUAAUGAAAAACUUAUUUGUGUUGUAAACGAAAUGAUAAAUAUAAGUUCUAAUUCUAAUCAUGCUUACCUUGUUCAUUUUAUAACCACAUUAGAUUUUAAUAAUUAUGUGACUAAGAUAAAAGAAUCGAGAACAAAAAUGAAAAAUGAAAAUAUAGAGAAAACGAAACAAAUUCAAGAUGACACUAUGGAUAUCAAUAAAAAUAUUCAUUUAAAUAAAAACAAUGAUAACAAAAUGGAAUAUGAAGAUAUAGAAAACAUAAAUAUGAGUGAUAACUGUUACUUAGAUAAAAAAGAACUAUAUUCUAACAACCUUUUAAAUGACACAAAUACUUCAAUAAAUGACAUAUCACAAAAUAUACAAAAGAUAAAUGAAAUAGAUAAUAAUAAUAAUUUUAUUAAAAAAAGAAUAGUUAAUAAUUUUAAUAAUUUAUUGUAUAAUAAUAUUGAUAAUAAUAAAAAUUUACAAAAAAAUAAUAUAAAUGAAUACAGUCUCAGUAAUAUGCCUACACAAGCUAAUAAAAAUUUUUUGAAUAAUAAUAUAAAUAUAACAAAUAUAGAUUACAACAAUAAUAAUACUUUAAAUAAUAAUUACCUAAUUAAUAAAUACUCAAAUAUAUUGAAUAGUUAUAUGAAUAAUAGCAAUAAUAGUAAUUCAAUUUAUAACUUACCAAAAAAUUAUGCUAAUAAUUCUAAUUUGAAUUCAUAUAAUUCUAUAUUAGAUACAGCAUAUUUAAGAGACACAAAUCAUAUGAAUAAUACUUCUAAUGUUCUACAUAAUAAUAUUAGCAAUUAUAACAUUUGUGAUUUUGAUUUAAAAUUAAAUAUGAAUAAUAAAUUAAAUUAUGAAAGUAAUAUAUCAAAAAAUAUCAAUAGUACUAACCAAAAUAUAGAUAUAGGUAAUAAUAAUAACCUAUAUGAUCAAAAUUCAAUUAACAUUAGAAAUAACAUCAACAGUGGUGUAACAAAUAAUUUAAACAAUCUUAUUGAUUUAAAUGUUAAAAAUAAAUUCAAUGUGCAAAAUUUAAUAGAUAAUUACAAUUAUAACUAUGAUAAUUCAUCUAAUAAUUAUUCUUUUAAUAACUGUAGUUUGAAUAAAUAUGAUAAUACAUCUCAAUUAUAUAACACAACUAACUUAUCUAAUUAUAGCAACAUACCAUUAAAUAUUUAUCAGAAUGAAAACAAUAUAAAUGAAAUGAAUAAGAAAAACAAAAAACAUUAA